CUACCUUCGAAGCCCAGCAGCCAGUCUCUGCGCGUUGGGAACUGGUCAGAAAGGAAGAGCCACCGCUUACCACGGCUGCCCAAGCGGCACAGCCACGAUGACAUGCUGCUGCUGGCUCAGCUUGGCAUUCCCUCCUCCCCUUCCAGCCUCAACGAGGACAGCCUAAGUACCGCGAGCGAGCUGCUGUCUACACGGCGGGCCAGGAGGAUCCCAAAGCUUGUGCAAAGAAUCAAUUCCAUCUACAGUGCAAAAAGAGGAAAAAAACGAUUGAAGAAACUUUCCAUGUCCAAUAUUGAGACAGCGUCCCUACGAGAUGAGAACAGCGAGAGUGAGAGCGACUCAGAUGACAGGUUUAAAGCUCAUACCCAGCGUCUAGUACACAUCCAGUCAAUGCUGAAGAGGGCUCCAAGUUAUCGAACCCUGGAACUGGAGCUGAUUGAGUGGCAGGAACGGGAGUUAUUUGAGUAUUUUGUGGUAGUGUCACUGAAAAAGAAGCCUUCUAAAAACACUUACCUCCCAGAAGUGACAUAUCAGUUUCCCAAGCUAGAAAGACCAACCAAGCAAAUGCGUGAAGCGGAGGAGCGUCUCAAGGCUAUCCCUCAGUUCUGCUUUCCUGAUGCCAAGGACUGGCUCCCUGUCUCCGAGUACAACAGUGAGACCUUUUCUUUCAUGCUGACUGGGGAAGAUGGGAGCCGGCGGUUUGGUUAUUGCAGGAGGCUGUUGCCAAGUGGAAAAGGUCCACGCCUACCUGAAGUUUAUUGUGUCAUCAGCCGGUUGGGGUGCUUUGACUUAUUUUCAAAGAUCCUGGAUGAGGUUGAAAGGAGAAGGGGAAUAUCUGCUGCCUUGGUUUAUCCAUUUAUGAGGAGUCUCAUGGAAUCUCCUUUUCCUGCACCUGGGAAGACAAUCAAAGUCAAAACCUUCCUGCCUGGAGCUGGAAACGAGGUCAUUGAGCUGCGGCGGCCGAUGGACUCACGCCUGGAACAUGUGGACUUUGAAUGCCUUUUCAAGUGCCUCAGUGUUCGACAGAUCAUCAGGAUCUUUGCUUCUCUCCUGUUGGAGCGGCGUGUGAUUUUUGUAGCAGAUAAGCUCAGCACGCUCUCAAGCUGCUCGCACGCCGUGGUGGCCCUGCUGUACCCCUUCUCCUGGCAGCACACCUUCAUCCCUGUUCUGCCCUCAUCCAUGAUCGACAUCGUGUGCUGCCCGACCCCCUUCCUGGUGGGACUGCUCUCCAGCUCUCUGCCCAAGCUGAAGGAGCUGCCCGUAGAGGAGGCUUUGAUGGUUAACCUGGGAUCAGAUCGAUUCAUCAGACAGAUGGAUGAUGAAGAUACACUAUUACCUAGAAAGUUGCAAGCUGCUCUGGAGCAGGCUCUAGAGAGAAAGAAUGAACUGAUAAAUCAGGAUUCAGAUAGUGAUUCAGAUGAUGAAUGUAACACCCUGAAUGGAUUAGUGUCUGAGGUUUUUAUCCGAUUCUUUGUGGAGACAGUUGGCCAUUAUUCCCUGUUCCUAACCCAGAAUGAAAAAGGAGAGCGUGCCUUCCAAAGGGAGGCUUUCCGUAAAUCUGUGGCAUCCAAGAGUAUACGCCGCUUCUUGGAAGUUUUCAUGGAAUCCCAAAUGUUUGCUGGCUUCAUCCAGGACAGAGAGCUGAGAAAAUGCAGGGCCAAAG